AAAAAUGCUUGGAUACAUAAUAAACAGCUAAAAAUAGAACCCAGACCUCUGCUUAUAAAAUUGUGCAGCGUCAUGAUUUGAGGGACAAGCGUGUUGCCGAAUGUUGAAUUAGGGUGCUGUGGAGAGGAAAGGACAAAAAUGAAGGUUAUUAAGACAAAGGCCGAGUUCGAUGAACUCUUGAAAUCUGAAAGCAGUUUAAUCGUUGUUGACUUUUUUGCAACAUGGUGUGGUCCGUGCAGAGCAAUUGCCCCAAAACUCAAGGAGAUGGAGGAAAAGUACACCAAUGUUGUCUUUGCCAAAGUUGAUGUAGAUGAAAAUGCUGAGACAGCAGAACAAUGCGGUAUUAAUGCUAUGCCAACAUUCAAAUUGUAUAAAGGUGGAAAAGAGGUUGCAGAAGUUGUUGGUGCAAGUGAAGCCAACCUUAAAGCUGAAAUAGAGAAGAAUUUAUAGACUUCAACAGCAGAUCUUUUGGAAUAUGCAUUUUAAAAAUCAGCUGAUAAUAUAAUACAUUUCUCGUAAACCUUUUCACAUUGUCUAUCAGUUAUUAGGAAAUCAGAAAUCACAUUUCACUUUCUGCUGCCAAUUUUAUCUUAAUUGUAUUUUCAAUUGUUUAUGCAAUUUGCGUAUAAUUUAUUAAACCAUGUCACGUCAUUAAAAAAGAAA